AUGGGGAUGCUGCCGCCCGGGGACCGCGGCUUUUUCCCGGGGCUCUGGGCUACGCUCCUUCGCAGAUUGCGCGGCGAGAAAUCCUGGGCCAGAAAACUUGACGAAACCAACCUGUUGCAGCAGAAGAGGAUCUGUGAAUCUCCCCUCCUCCUAGCUGCAAAAGAAAAUGAUGCCUCAGCCAUCCGGAAGCUGGUAGCUAGCCAUACCUGUGAUCUUCAUGAACGAGGUGCUGUUGGGGAGACAGCUCUUCAUGUAGCUGCAUUAUACAAUAACUUAGAAGCUGCUCAGCUCCUGAUCAGUGCAGCUCCAGAACUUGUGAAUGAACCUGUGACCUCUGAGCUGUAUGCUGGGGAGACAGCUCUUCACAUAGCUGUGAUAAACAAAAACCUGGACUUGGUGAAAGCUUUGCUUGAGAAGGGAGCAGAUAUAAAUGGACCACGUGCCACUGGAUACGUUUUCAGGCGAAGAAGUGACAGUCUUUUCUAUUUUGGGGAACACAUUUUGUCUUUUGCAGCAUGUGCUGGGAAUGAAGCAAUCGUGCAGUUGCUAAUUGAACAUGGUGCUAACAUUCAAGUGCAGGAUUCCCUCGGUAAUUCAGUCUUCCACAUCUUAGCCCUCCAGCCUAACAAGGUAUCUGCAUGUCAAAUAUACGAUCUCCUCCUUUGUUAUGGCAAGAAAGAGAAGGGUUUGGGUGACCUGGAUGCAGUCCUCAACUAUGAGGGACUCACCCCAUUUAAACUGGCUGGGGUGGAGGGCAACACCUUGAUGUUCCAGCACCUAAUGCAAAGAAAAAAACACAUCCUAUGGACUUUGGGGCCUUUGACGUCAACCUUGUAUGACCUUACAGAAAUUGAUUCAUGGGGUGAUGAUCAAUCUCUCCUGGAACUUAUUGUCACCACAAAAAAGAGAGAGGCCCGAAGGAUCCUCGACCUUACUCCUGUGAAUGAGCUGGUAAGCCUGAAGUGGAAUAAAUAUGGACGGCCAUAUUUCUGCAUUCUGGCCUUAUUCUACGUCCUGUACAUGAUUUGCUUCACAAUGUGUUGUGUCUACCGGCCACUGAAAGAGCGGAGCUGCAACAGAACAAAUGAAAGGGAUAACACAAUCUAUGUUCAGAAACUUUUGCAGGAGUCUUAUAUUACUCCUGAAGACAACCACAGACUUGUCGGUGAGUUGAUCACUGUUGUUGGAGCCAUAGUGAUAUUGAUACUGGAGAUUCCAGAUAUCUUCAGAUUUGGAGUUACCAAGUACUUUGGGCAAACUAUCCUGGGAGGACCUUUCCAUGCCAUCAUCAUUCUGUAUGCCUGUAUGAUCCUGCUGACCAUGGUGAUGCGACUCACUAGCACCAAUGGAGAAGUUGUACCCAUGUCUCUUGCUCUGGUGCUUGGCUGGUGCAACAUUAUGUACUUUGCGCGAGGAUUUCAGAUGCUCGGGCCCUUUACCAUCAUGAUACAAAAAAUGAUAUUUGGAGACCUCCUCCGUUUCUGCUGGCUCAUGGUGGUGGUCAUCCUCGGCUUUGCAUCUGCAUUUUACAUCAUCUUCCAAACAGAAGACCCAGAUAAAUUGGGCCAUUUUUAUAGCUAUCCCAUGGCACUCUACAGCACAUUUCAGCUGUUCCUCACCAUCAUUGACGGACCUGCCAACUAUGAGGUGGACUUGCCUUUUAUGUAUGGCAUCACCUAUUCUGCUUUUGCGGUCAUUGCCGCCCUUCUUAUGCUCAACCUCCUUAUUGCCAUGAUGGGGGAUACCCACUGGCGUGUGGCCCAUGAGCGGGAUGAACUGUGGAGAGCCCAGGUUGUUUCCACUACCAUAAUGCUAGAGCGCAAACUCCCACAGUGCCUCUGGCCUCGUUUAGGGAUCUGUGGAAAGGAAUAUGGGCUAGGUGACCAGAGAUAUCUGAGGAUUGAAGAUCGUUGUGAAAUAAGGCAGACAUGUAUUAAAACAAAUGGCCCUUACCGAAGAGAUGCCUUUGAGAAGUACCUGCAGAGGAAACAGACACAGGAUGUAGCGGCUGAUGGAAAAGUUGGUCGACCAAUUUUAUCAAAAGAGGAGAAGGAUAUCAGUCCUCCUUCAAACACAGUGAACGCUAAUGGUCAUUGGGACAUCUUACGGCAGAGUAUGCUGAUCCAGAAGAAGGGAUACACCAAUCAUGCCAUGGAAGAGGAGGAGGAGGUCUAUCAUGUGUGA